AUGGCAGAUGAUCUUCAGCAAAUCUCCUUUUUCACACCAACUUUCCAACACUGCACAAAAAAGACAGUGGACCUUGUCUUUCUAUUUGAUGGAUCACAGAGUAUUAUCAAUGCAGAGUUCAACAAAAAUAAAGAUUUCAUAGUGGAUAUAAUGAACAGCCUUAACACCACAUCAAUCAAGUUUGCAGCAGUUCAGUUUUCUACAGAUUGCAGGAAAGUUUUUGACUUCAGUGACUAUCAAGCUGGUCGUGCUCUUGAUAAACUGAUGAAAGAACCACACAUGGAUAGUCUUACCAACACACACAGAGCACUCAAAUUUGUGUUGGAAGAAAUCCUUGAAAACCCAGGAGCAGGCGCCUCUCCUGAUGCAACUAAAGUUGUGGUACUCAUCACAGAUGGAGAUCCCAGUGACACUGACAGACGUGGGAUUAUCAAAAGAUAUGAUGACAAACACAUCAUUCGCUUUGUCAUUGGGGUCAAACAAGCUCGGCUGAAUAAAUUGAAGGCCAUUGCUUCGGAACCAAAAGACAAAACUACCUUUCAAAUAGAGAACUAUGAGGGACUCACAGGAAUACUGGAAAACUUUCAAAACAAGAUCUGUACAAUGGAAGAGACCUGGCUGGACGACAACAUCCCGGACGCAGUGGUGGAGAUAGCAGGGCGCUCUCUGUUCCGGGCAGACAGGUCUGCAUGUUCCAGUAAGAGCAGAGGCGGAGGUUUGGAGCUGUGUGUUUGCAGUCCAAGUGUAGUCCAUGGAUGCGAUGAGAACUCCUAUCUGAACAGUGUGUGUUACAACAUGGCAGAUGAUCUUCAGCAAAUCUCCUUUUUCACACCUACUUUCCAAGACUGCACAAAAAAGACAGUGGACCUUGUCUUUCUAUUUGAUGGAUCAGGGAGUGUGACUGAAUCAGAGUUCAACAAAAAUAAAGAUUUCAUAGUGGAUAUAAUGAACAGCCUUAACACCACAUCAAUCAAGUUUGCAGCAGUUCAGUUUUCUACAGAUUGCAGGAAAGUUUUUGACUUCAGUGACUAUCAAGCUGGUCGUGCUCUUGAUAAACUGAUGGAAGAACCACACAUGAGAUAUCUAACCAACACACACAGCGCGCUGAAAUUUGUGUUGGAAGAAAUCCUUGAAAACCCAGGAGCAGGUGCCUCUCCUAAUGCAACUAAAGUUGUGGUACUCAUCACAGAUGGAGAUCCCAGUGACACUGACAGACAUGGGAUUAUCAAAAAAUAUGAUGACAAACACAUCAUUCGCUUUGUCAUUGGGUUCAAAUUUGCUCGGCUGUAUAAACUUCAGGCCAUUGCUUCAGAACCAAAAGACAAAAACGCCUUUAAAAUAGAGAACUAUGAUGGACUCACAGGAGUACUGGAAAACAAGAUCUUUACAAUUGAAGGCUCCAAAGUGUCCCGGGCAGGAGACAUGACUAAUGAAAUGUCUCAGAGUGGAUUCAGUGCUGUCUUCUACAAGGAUACCUUGAUUCUGGGUUCAGUGGGAUCCAACAUGUGGCGUGGUUCUCUUCAAGAGCUUCAUGAAGAAAAACAAGCACAAAUUGAAGAUCCACACAUGAAGAAUGACUCCUACAUUGGAUACUCUACUUCUGUUGGACAGAAGAAUAACGCUCCUCUAUAUUUCACCGGCGCGCCGAGAUUUGAGCAAACAGGACAGGUCGUUCUUUUCAGACACGACUGUAAGACCUGGACCGCAGCUCACAGAAUAAAUGGGGACCAGAUUGGGUCCUACUUUGGUGCAGAGCUGUGCUCAAUUGAUGUCAACUCAGAUGGUGACACUGAUUUCCUGCUGGUGGGAGCGCCACAAUUUUACCAGCCUCAGGAGAAGACAGAAGGCCAGAUAUACGUCUAUUCACUGACUGAUGAGAUGCAACUGAAAAGUGAACUGAAUGUGACUGCACCAUCCAUGGGGAGAUUUGGCACCACCAUAUCCAGUCUCACAGAUCUGAAUGGAGACGGACUCCGAGACGUUGCUGUUGGAGCCCCGCUUGAGGAUGAUAACAGGGGGGCUGUGUACAUCUACCUUGGUGACAGACACAGAGGCAUACGCAGCACUUUCAGCCAGAGAAUCAUGGGACAGGAAAUAAAACCUGAGCUCAGAUUCUUUGGACAGGCCAUUGACGGGGACAUCGACCUUGAAGAGGACGGACUCCCAGAUAUUGUGGUGGGAUCACAGAGCACAGCAGUUGUCUUAAGGUCCAGGCCCGUCUUUAAUGUCACGGCUCAUCUGUCUUUUCAACCUCAGGAGAUAAGCACUGAGAAAAUUGACUGCAUGACCAACACAGAUGAAAGUUUACCAAUGGUUACCUUAAAAGCCUGCUUUGAAAUGGAAGAAACAACAAAGAGCAAAGCAGCGGCAAUGAUCUCCGUACUAUACAUGUACACCCUCGAUGUGGAUCCAAUGAGACAAACAUAUCGAGGCUUCUUCAGUCCAACUGAUAAAGAUGUCAGGACUCUUUCCUCUAUUAUUAAACUAUGGAAUAAACACACCUGCUUCAGCUACCCCAUCUACAUGCCAAAAUGUGUGGAUGACACAUUAUCACCCAUCAUCAUCAGACUAAACUUCAGCCAAGCUGACAGUGAGAGAGCGAGUGCCGUCCUGAAUGUGGACAGCGUAAGGCAGGCUGUUGUGGAGGUUCCCUUUCAAAAGUAAUGUUGAGAAAAUGACAGCUGUUGUUGGAGUUAUCAAGGAUUUUAG